AUGUCGGCUGUUCCUCCUCCUUCCGACAUUGCUCCUUCCCCAAACCCACCACCCCCACCUUUCCCUCCCCCGGUCAUCCGACCUCGUCCUCUUUUCUUGGGGGACGACGAGGACGACGACGUCUUGCCCCUUGUGAGCGUGCAGUGUGGCAGUUACCCAAGACUCUCUGUUGGCCAUAACUCUGACAUCGUUUCUCAACCCAUCUCUCUCCUCGUCCACAGCCCGUCAAGACGGAGGCUACCUCGUUCCAAUCUUCUCUGGAUGAUUGGGAACUGAAACACCUCCUUUGGGUGAGCGGAUCCCGUACUUAGGGCAGAGUUGUCAACAAUAUGCUCGACUUACGCAUGUCAUCGGUCCUGCUCCGUCUUCAGCGAGUGGCGCGUCUCGUCAGUACGACCUGGGAGCACACCUGUAUCAAUCGUUGACAGUCAAGCUGACGCGACCUGCUACCUUUGUCUUCGCACCACAGCUAGCACCGUGGAAGCUGGACUUCCACCAAAGACCACCGGACCGGACUCGUCUUCGGCGCGCUCGAGUACAUGUGAGCAUCGGCUAUGCUUAUGACCCAUUUCGACAGCAAUGCUGAUAUCGUGUGCGACCUUUGUCUUUUGUCCGCUUGCGCACCACAGCUAUCACCGUGGAAGCUGGACUUCCUUCUCACAUCACGACUGGACCGAACUCCUCUUCGGCUCCAUCAAAUACCGGUGAGCAUCGGCUAUCCUCCCCAUGACCCAUUUCGACAGCAAUGCUGAUGCCGUGUGCGACCUUUGUCCUUCUCUCACAGCACCAGUCCUUUCGCCCAUAUCACGAUUAUCAAACCCAACAGCCUCAUCACCUUUAAACCUUCGUGAGUAUCAACGCUACGCUACACGCUGCUGGCACUGCCUGUUAUUACGUUGAGCGUUCGUGAGCGAUGAAUCUCGUCGCGCCCAAGCUGGUUUUGCGCAUCGACUCUACUAGCUAGCAUCUUUCGUGCAAUCGCUGACCUCUGCGCCCGUUAUCCGCCGUAGCUAUCUCAUCUACCGACGGACGCCGCGAGGCCAGGAUCACGACAGCGCAUAUCCUGUCCCAGCUCAACGAUGCACGAUGGAAGGAUGCGCCUCUGCGCAGCAGAGCUUCCCUUGCGGCCAUCAACGCCGAGGGCCGUCAGCCCACGUCUUUUCUCGACGAGCAGUGCGCCCACUCUUCUGCUCGCGGCAUCAUUUGCCGCUCUUGCGCGACCGACUCCCUGGUUGCCCGCCUCGAUGACGUUGGCGAGAAGACCCGUGCGCUGGUGGCGCAAGAGCAGCUGACUCCAGGAGUGGUGGAGGUACUUCAUAGUGCCAUCUGCCACUUCAGAGCUGCUAUUCGCGAGCUGCAGUUCGACGACCCGAGCAGCAUGGUACCGUGUCACGGUACGCAAGCUCCUCUGCAGGCCGAAGAGCAAGAGCUCGAGGCCGGCGAGCAGGAAGAGGAAGAGCAAGAGGAAGAGGAAGCCGAAGAAGUCGACAACGAUCGUGCGAGCGACUCGGACUUCUCGGCGGGCGACAGGUGGAUGUGCUACGAUGAGGACGACGAGGACGACAACGACUUCGACGACAGCGACGAUGAUCUGGGCCAGCAAGAUCUCGCCUCUGCAACGUCAGGAGCUGCCGUCGCCUCUCGACGUUCUCUCGGCCGUCGUCAACGAUCGCCACAGACUCCAGCUGCCGCGGACGAUGAGUCGAUCUUGUCAGACGCUCCCAGUCUGUCUCGAUCGGCGUCCACAUCGCCGGCGAUUCGAUCAAGGGAGGACACGACCGAUGGCCAACCUCCCGCUGCCUCCAAGCGCAGGGGCUUCGGUCCGUCGUCAUCGCAGAGCACGGAUGCAAGCCCAUCGCAUCCGACUGGUGGUCUGCUGGCCAACCUUCUGCCGUCCUCGCCUAUCUCGAUCGUCGAUCCCGCGCCGGCGCUGGCACAGGCACCUCUUCCGACAGCUCCCAGCUCCUCCGCAAUGGGCGCACAAGGCAUGAGCACGCAAGGAAUCUCCCCCUACGACUUCUUGAUCGAGGGUACCACCUUCGCCUGCCGCACGGAACUCGUUGGCGCAGGCUCAGUCAAGGUGGUCGUAGGCUUCAUGAUUGGGCGCGACCGUCACUACCUGUCGCCUGACGCGGUCAAGAGGCUUGGAUUUGCCUUGUUCGGAGACAGAGUUCACCAGUCUGAAAAGACUUUUAAGCUCCGUUUCAAGGCUUUCCGCCAGUGGAAGGAAGGGCGUUCUGUCUCGAACGCCAAGCCACGCCUUUUCGAACUGAUGAUCAGGCCAGAAAACUUUUCGUGCGGUCAGUUCGCGCGUUGGAACAGCUUCGCUGCUGUUGCAGAGGAGCACAGACUCGACUUCAUCUUUGGGGUCGAUGCUCUGCAACGAGUGUCGCUUUUUGAGGACAAGGCCGAGCAUUUUCUCAGGGACUCAGACGGCUCCAUGAUACCCUUGGUCAAACUCGACGAAGUUUCGUAG